CUCGUCUCAAACACUUUUGGUCCUCGCUUCACACCGUAGUUCCAGGCAUCAUCAUGUGCGUUCAUAGGAGCCUGAUUGAAUGAGGAAAUGAAUAGUGAGGGCAGAUCAAAGCCAGCCCAGGUGGAUCACACACAGGUCAAAGGCAACAGCGUAUGACUGUCGGACAUGAUGGAGAGUUUAAAGACACGAUUUGAUUUUCCCAGCCCCGUCAUCCAAGCACAGACGGUAAGAAAUCUUGUUGCUGACGUGCUGAAGGAGAAGGGGCAAAAUGGGCAAAUCACGCAGUCGUCCCCUCAGGGCCCAGCGUUGGAAGCUCUGUGGCAGCAGUGCAGCGGGGACUCCGCUCUGGUUCGCUCGGCCUGCUGCGACGCCGUGGUGCUGCUGGUGGAUCAGGGGCACGCGGACCUGCCGUACGUCCUCAACAGUGUCCUCAACCUCCUGCCCUCUGCCAGAAAUGUCCAGGGGCUGAUAAUGGUCAUCGGGCGGCUGCUACAGAUGCAGGCUGACCAGAGGGACCGAGACUCACCCUUCUCCUGCCCUUACUCCAUCAGGAACAGUCCUCACCCAUACAUCACGGCCCUGGAGAACAGAGUGGACUGCUGGCCAGCUCUACUGCUGGAGAUGGAUGAUUUCAUUCAGCAGGCUGUUGACAGCAAUGAACCAGCCUACGUCGCCAUGCUGGUCCCCUUCCUGCAGUAUCUGUACUGUGAGCCUCAGCAACAACCCCAGCACGCGCUCCUGCGACACAGUCUCCUCCGGGUGCUGCUGCCCACACAUCCAGGCGCCGGAUCAGUCCUGCACACAAAGGGAGAGGAGAAGUCGUCCCCAGUGUCCGACAGCCUGCUGCACUGCCUCUGCCAGCUGGUUCCUCACAUGCAGGUGGACAGCGUGGAGGCCGUGCUGGAGUUGUGUGGCUUCAUCAACGCUCUGCUCCAGGCUCUUCUUCAGCGCUCUGAGGAACGCUGGCGGAGUGAGAGAGCCGCGCUGCUCGCGCACCUGCUCUGCGCCUGCCAGCGCUGCCUCGGGUUGAACGGAGACUGUCGGCCACUCCUCAAGUUACUGCAGCAGCUCCUCCUCCCCUGCCAACAGGAGCUGCCAGUAGACGAGUUGAUCAUGGGGGUGGCCCUGCUCCUUCUCGAGGCCCCUGCAGCUCAGCAGACCAGCCUGCUCAAUCUGGCACUGACUUUGGUUCCUGAGCAGGCCGAGGUGUCGCCCUGGUUGAGUCCAGUCCUGCUCCUUCCUGUCCUGCAGCUGCUCACGUGCUCGGGUCUCACCGAGCCGCUGGCUGACCCGAGGACACACAAACUCAACCACAGCCUGGCCAACAUCCUGCUCCGCAACAUCAGCCGGCAGACGGACAAACCUGGACAGCCUUGUCCACCAUUGGCACUUCCACUCAGUCCCUGGUACAGCGAGCUUGGCGCCGCUCUGUCCGUUCUGCGUAAGGCGACAGCCGAACCGGCGCACGCCGCCGCCUGGCUGCUGUCGGUUCACUCGGCGGUGUCGUCCAGCCAGUGUGUGCCCGGCUCCCUCACCCUCAUUGUGACCCAUCUCAUCGCGAACGGCGCGGAAGACGUCUGCCAGCUGGCUCUGGACGCAGUCCAGGCCAUCGCUGCGGCCGACCCCUGCCAGGUUCCCUCCCUUGUCCCCGUUCUGCUGUUCAAACUGGGGAAGGAAAAGAAUCCACUCCAGACUCACGCUGUGCUCAACUGCCUGCCAAACCUCGGGACUCACAAGCUCUGUGUUCCCAUGGUGCUGCAGACGCUGCACAUGCUCGCCAGCGCCCCCAAGCUGAGAGCUAUGGCCAUGCGCCUCAUGACUGCUCUCUGGAAGAAACAGGACCGAGUUUACCCGGAGCUGCAGCGUCUGCUGGGUCAGCAGGACAGCCGGGUGGUGAUGGGGAAGGACACCCAGUGGGAGCAGAUCCUGGCCAGAGCUGCCUGUCUCAGAGACAUCUGCAGGGAGAGGCCAUACCAGCAUGGAGGUGACAUGUUGGCUGCCAUCACACAAACUCUGAACCAGUGCACCAGACCAGACCUGGCAACCCCAGCUGCUCUGGCCCUGCAGGGACUACAGGAGCUGUGCCGGGCUGAGGUGGUGGACAUCAUCUCAACAUGGAGACGUCUCGGUCCCGAGCUCAGCUGCGACUCCCGUCCUCUGAUGGUCAAAGGUGUAGCUGAGCUUCUGGCUCUGGUUCCUCAGCUCAAAGUAAAGUCCGAGGAGUAUGAGAAACUAAGAGAGGAAGUGGUCAGCUUUCUGUGGAAUUAUGCUCUGAGCAAGGAUCCAGACGUGGCCAACUGUGGCUACAAGGCUCUGGCAGAGUUUCCUGAAGCCGUUCACAAAAUAACGUUCCUUCCUGAGGCAGCCAGGCCACCUGCAAGUCCUGAAGAUGAGGAGGAGGGACAGCGCGAGGAGGAAGAGGAGAAAGAGAAAGAUCUCUCCGUCCCAGGAUCUUCUUAUGUGAAGCUGAUGAAUCUGACUCCAGUCUCUGUUCUCCCAGCGUUUGAGCUUUUCCUGACAUCACUGGUGAGGCAGGAGAUGAGUCAGAUGCCGCGGGGGGUUUACUUCUCCGCCCUGAGGGGAGGGAACCUGCGAUCAGACCAGGGUAAAACUGUGGCGGGGAUCCCGCCGUUCAUGCUGAGGACCUACGAGAAGAACAAGCAGCCUGGCCUGAAGCCUGGACUCGCAGCUGGAAUGCUGCUCAGUUACGAGCUACCCGUGCAGACCGACCGCAGCGGCAAACCCAUCGACCGCUUCCUCGUCAGCCGCGGCCGCAGCUACCAGCAGAUCCUGACUGCUCUCAUCCAUGAGGUGAACAUUCAGCCGUCCGAAUGGCACAGAGCUCUGCUCUUACCGCAGGCCUGGAGGGGCUUCAUGAACCGAGCUUUCCACGCCGUCUUACAGGGUCGACGCGCUGACCUGGAGAUGCAACAGAAACAGGGCAAAGAGAACGCAGAGGAGCUGCAGUACAAACAGCACUGUGCCUGGAUGUGGGCCAGAGAUCAGCUGACUGACGUCAUCAAAGCUGCUACAAAAGACAGUCCUGUAGUUCAGGGCAACUCCAUCCUGGCUUUGAGCAGUUUGGCCGCUGUCCUGGCUAAAUAUGAGAGCAACCUGCCUGCUGAUAGCGACGGCAGCCUCGGGGCCGGACCAGAGUUUGUGCCCACAGCCAGCUGGUUGUCCAUGGUGCUGGAGACGCUGCUCAGCAUCAUGAGCAGCAGCUACAAGGCCAGAGGACAGGUUUUCCCCUGGUUCCUACAUCGUUCCUACUCGGGUGAGAACACAGCGAGUGCCAUCGCUCGCUCCUGUGCCAGCCUGGCUCUGUCCUUGCUGGUUCCGGUGCUGGUGGUGUGGCAGAAGGACGGCGUGGUCCAGGUGCUGUCAGCUCUGCAGGCCGGUCUGCCGGGCUCACCCACCGCUGACGACUCCCAGGCCGUCCAGUUCCACUCGGGCCUCGGGCUGGGAAUGGUACUGUCCAGUCUGCACCACCAACGCCUCGGUGACGUCUCUGUUCAGAGGGACACUGAGCUCCUCCUCAGUUCUCUGGAGGCUCUUGAACGCUGCGCCUUCAAUCCUGACCUGGAAUACAAUACUGGCUGUAUGUUGGGUGUGGGUCUGGUGCUGGCAGCUCUGUGCAGCAGUGGACAGAAGGACCAACACCUUCACGUCACCAGAACUCUAGACAAACUACUGUCCAACCUGCAGGACAGCAGUGGACACGGGCGCAUGCUGCAAGAGGUGUUGGCGUACGCUGUGGCGUGUGUGAGUGUCUCAGCCUUCAGUGGAGGCCUCAUAGAUGCUGCCAAAGCUGAGGAGGCCAUGAGUACACUGCGUACUCUGACCGAGGAGAGCCAGCAGACUCCCGGUUUCUCUCUGGCUCUUGGUUUGGUCGUCCAUGGUCUGUCAGUGUCCGGUCACGGGAAAGCAGAGGACAUUCACCCUCGACUGCUCGCUGCUUGGAUCAAAAUCCUUCUGGCUGAGGGUUGUCCAACGAUGCAGCGACUGGCUGCUGUGAACGGCCUUGUAGCUUUGGUAGGAUCUGAGAGUUACCUCAUCCAGCUAAAAAGUGAGUUGGAGCUUUCCUCUCAACAGCAGAACAGACUGAAUGAGGUCAUUCGAGCCAUCACACAGGUCAUCACCUUCUCAGGAGCCAUCGGUUUACAGUCAAACAGUGCCUGUUUGGUGGCUCAUUUAUAUUUGGCUCAGGUGUCCACCAGUCACAGUCACACAGCAGUUCCUCAGGAUUUCAGUUACCUCUCCGAGAAAAGUGUCAUCAGAUCCGUCGCCGACUUCAUCUCCGAGGCUGGAAAGAAAGGUCCAGAUUUCUCUCCUCCUCCUCUGGUGAAAGCUGCUCUCACCUCUCUGGCAUCGGUUGGAGCCAGUUUCCAGUUCCCACCUAUAAACUGGAGCGCGGUGCUGUCUCCUCUCAUGAGGCUCGGCUUCGGAGAGGACGUGCAGCAUCAGUGUGUGGUCCUGGCCACGUGUCAAGCUCAGUCUUCUCAGAGUGCCGCUCUCUUUCUGGGCUCCUGGCUGUCGCCGCCGCUCGUGCACAGUCUCAGUUCUCAGACCCGCGCUCACCUCUACAUGACCCUGGGCCUGUGGAUGAAACAUGUCGCCGAGGACAAGCUCCAGGUCUACGCGGAGACUCUGGGUCUGCAGCAUUUCCAGGAGGACGUUCGACUCCGGCGUCUGUCCCUGUGCCGCUCUCUCCUGCAGGGCCUCGCGCAGGCGAUGGCCCUCCCCAACCCGCCUAGCAACUGCUGGACAAUUCUCUGCUCCACCACAGAGAAGAUCUUCAACCUCCUGCCCAACAACAUCCAGGACGACGAGGUGGAUUUGUACAUGGGCGUGGCCAAAUGUCUGUCUGAGAUGUCCGACACAGAGAUUGAUCGAGUCGCUCGAGUCACAGAGAGUCAGAUGGAGAAGACGUGCUUCACGCUGUCUUACCUGACGUCCCAGGGCAGAGUUCCCCUGUUGAGUCUCAACGACAUCAUCGCGGGCGUGCUCCGCGGUUGGCCGAGCCGCACAGUCGGCUGGCUCCUCCUCCAAAUGUUUUAUCAGUGUCGCCUGGCAACCGGCUCCAACACAGGCGUAACAAAACGAAUGGAGUGGCUCCUGGAGCUGAUGGGACACAUCCGAAAUGUUGCCUACGGUGCCACGUCUGUCACAUGUGGAGACACCGGACUGGCCACAGACUUCCUGUUCCAGGUAUUUGCUGCCGCUGUCGUUUCCUGGGGCGACCACGUCAUGCCCGUCCUGCUGGGCAUCAGAACCCGCUGGUUACCGUGGCAACCGGGCCCCAAACCUCACGCUCUGCAGCACAGUCUGUAUGGUCGUGAGUCGCUCGCUGACCACGCGCUGCCGCAGUGCCUGCUGGGAUUGCCCCACAGCUUGGCUCUGCUUGUGGACAAAGAGCCGUGGAGCGGCCAGAGACAAAAGUUCAUAGACUGGCUUCUCAGCAUAACAGAAGGUCCCGACCAAAGCGUGUCGCCUGCAACCGUGAGCACAGCCAAAGCUGCUCUGUUGGCGCUCAAGUCCUCCACUGAGUUCAAGAAGAAGGCCGUGUGGACCAGAGCUUACGGGUGGUAGCCCUCAGAGAAUGUAACCAUGGCAACACAUACACAGUUCCGGCUCUGCAACACGCAGAGCUGCGUC